AACGACAAUCUUACCUCUACCCGCAUCCAACGCAGCUCCGACAGUCAUAACCGGGGAAUUGAACAAGGCCUAACAGUUUCGUCAUGGCACUAGAAAAUCUCCUUCCGCUCGAACUCAUCGAUAAAUGCGUGGGUUCACAGAUCUGGGUCAUCAUGAACGGCGGCAAGGAAUUCACCGGAAAGCUGGUCGGCUUUGACGACUACGUCAACAUGGUUCUCGAGGAUGUAACCGAGAUUGAUGUUGCUGAAGGCAACGUGAAGCUGCCCAAGAUUCUGCUGAACGGGAACAACAUUUGCAUGAUGGUACCAGGCGGCGACGGUCAGACAGUUCUAGAGGAUGAAUAGACACAGAGCAAUAUUGACGAUUGUCUGUCGUUCUGGUUGGCUUUGGGGUUUGCAGAGUAUUGCAGAAGUAUAUUCGCGAAUAGCGACGAGUACGACAACGAGGAGAGGCGAUUAUUGCUGCGGAGUGGCCGAUAUGUGCUAGAAAGAUGUUGGUGCAAAGACUGCGCAACACGACUAGUUUCUCAAACGUUUGCCACAAAGAAAUUCCUGCUGCGGACGUGCAUACUUGAUAAGGUUGCACCCGCUCAAAGAAUCCAGUUGCUCUGCAAUUUCAACAUGACGCGGUCAUAGCAUG